UUAAAUUGUAGUUUUAUUUAUUUCUAAAUACUUUAAAAAAAAAAAAAAGAGGAUCAGAUGCAUGACUUUUUUUUUUAAUGGAUGCAGAUCUUCUAUGAGGUGUCUCAAGAUAAGUCAGAGGAGUUGUAUUUAGAUGCCAGAAAUGUUGUAUUUGCACUAAUUUGAAAUAUGUGUAGAUAUAAUUUAUAAUAUCCUCUGAGACAUAAUUUUGCAUGCAAAAUUACCCCUAAUCUCUAUAGGUAUGUUAAUAUAUUGAUGCAUUAAUGCCCUAUAUCUAAAUGACCUUUUCCCCUCCUCUCCCUCCAUAACUUUUGGUAUCUAAAUUGAUGACCGCUCAAUGACACAAGCAAGAUAACAGUGCUGUGUAUUAUACAUUUGUUUAUAUUAUCGGCACUUCUCAGUAUAGGUGGAAGGAACCAUUACCUUUAUUUAACAGUGGUUUUUCUUUUUUGUUGUUGUGUUUUACAGUUCUUUUCCCUGGUUCAGCCUGAACUAUAUACCAGGCCCUGCUGAAAAUACCACCCAACAGUUUUCUUCUGCAGCUUAUCCAGUUUCUCUUAAGUGCCCUGUACAUAUUGUAUGUUUUAUGAUGAGAUGCAGUUUCUCAAUAUGUAUUACAUAAACACUACUGGUAUUUGCAAAUAUAUAGUAAAAUUGUAUUAUUGAACUCUCGUUUUGGGGGCUUGGGCACAUUAACAGAUUAAUCCAUCUGUAUAGGGCUUUUGCUGUUGGAUAGAAUAAAAAUUAUCUACAUACAUAUUUGUUUCGUAGUAGGACCCUUAAUAAGAUUGUUCUGUGUGCAGAAUAGGCAGUAAAAUCAGCCACACUUGUCUUAGUUGUCUACAAGAGUUUGGGCCAGAAGUUUUUUCUGAAAUGGCAAUAUGUAGCAGCAUUCUUGGUACAGUAAGCGUGGCACAUAAUGGAACAUAUGCAUUUUACUGGACAGGUAAGGAAUGUGCCACAAUAUAUUUUAUAUACACACAGAGCGUGUAUUUGGAGAUCUGCAGACACUUUCAUAUUCAUUUGAUGAGUCAGCAAAAGCCCUACGCUUUAUUCAACAAAAUAUUUCCUUACCUUCUCUUAAUUUUUUACAAAAUUUGUAUGGUAGGUGUAAAAAAUCAUAGUGAACUGUACCAUAUUAUUAACCCCUAAAUCAAACUUUUUUUGUCUUGUGUAUCUUGAUUUUUCUGUGUGCUUUAUAGUGAAGCAGCCGACACGAGUCGUUGUUCAUAAAACAGCUUUUGAAAGUUGAGAGCACACCCCUGGAGAACCGACUGUGCUUGCUUACGUUUGGUUCAUGACUUAAAAAUCGAGUACAGGAAUUAUUCCUGAUGAGACUAAGGCUUUAUCUCUUUUGGCACCAGCUAAUGCUGUGGCAGGUCUGCUGCCUGGAGGUGGUCUCCUGCCUACUCCCAACCCACUUUCUCAGAUUGGUGCUGUUCCUUUAGCUGCUUUGGGAGCUCCUGCUCUUGAUCCUGCCCUAGCUGCUCUUGGGCUUCCUGGAGCAAACUUAAACUCUCAGUCUCUUGCGGCCGAUCAGCUACUAAAACUUAUGAGCACAGUGGAUCCAAAGUUGAACCAUGUAGCUGCAGGUCUUGUCUCACCAAGUCUGAAAUCGGAUACCUCCAGUAAAGAAAUAGAGGAAGCUAUGAAAAGAGUAAGAGAAGCACAAUCACUGAUUUCUGCAGCCAUAGAGCCAGAUAAAAAAGAUGAAAAACGAAGGCAUUCAAGAUCACGAUCACGAUCAAGAAGGCGGAGAACUCCUUCUACUUCUAGGCACAGACGAUCAAGAAGCAGAUCAAGGAGGAGGUCACAUUCAAAGUCAAGAAGCAGGCGGCGAUCUAAAAGUCCAAGAAGGAGGAGAUCUCAUUCCAGAGAGAGAGGCAGAAGGUCUAGGAGCGCAUCCAAAACCAAGGAUAAAAAGAAGGAAGAGAAAGAAAAGAAACGUUCUAAAACUCCACCAAAAAGCUACAGCACAACCAGACGAUCUAGAAGCACAAGCAGAGAACGACGGCGCAGAAGAAGCAGGAGUGGAACAAGGUCACCUAAAAAGCCCAGGUCCCCUAAAAGAAAACUGUCUCGGUCCCCAUCUCCAAGAAGACAUAAAAAGGAAAAGAAGAAGGAUAAAGACAAAGAGAGAAGCAGAGAUGAGAGAGAGCGGUCAACGAGCAAGAAGAAAAAAAGCAAAGACAAAGAGAAGGAUCGGGAAAGAAAAUCCGAGAGUGACAAAGACGUAAAACAGGUCACAAGGGAUUAUGAUGAAGAAGAACAAGGAUAUGACAGCGAGAAAGAGAAAAAGGAAGAAAAGAAAGUAGCAGAUUCUGCUUCCCCCAAAAUAAAGGAAUCACCAGUGGAUAAGGGAAGUGGAGAUUCAGCAAGAGAAUCCAAAGUAAAUGGGGAUGAUCAUCAUGAAGAAGACAUGGAUAUGAGUGACUGAAUAUUGCCUUUGCAGUGAAUGCAGCUGCAGACAUGCAUCAGUGUCAUUCCUGUGUGAUUCUUUUAUGCUGUACUUGUUAAUCCUAAAUCUAGAUGUAUACAGCUCUAAUCUAUAAAUGGUUGUAAAGCUCCUGAUAUUAAUUUACAUCAAAAGGUUUAUAGUGAGAGGUACUUUGGUUGCCAUUCUUGCUAUGGCCAAAUUGGUUUGAGUAGCCAAGUAGGUCUUACUAACUUGGUGCUGCUUCAAGCAAAAGUGAAAAGCUGCAUGCAUCUACAGCAGGCAUGGGUUGUUUAUGUUGUAUGAUCUCCUUUAGUAAAUUGGCUCACUUAUGAUAGUGUUUCUAGAGUUUGAUUCAUUGCAGUAAUAGAGCAGUAUAGGGAAUGCACUGAUUGCAUGUUAAUUGUGGCAGAAACAUCCUAAAUGUUCUAAGAAAAUUUUACAACAUAUGAUGGAUCUUUUUAAGGGUCUUAAGUGUGGCUACACAAAAUUAAUAUUCAUAGUUACAUCUGGAAAUAAGCAUUCUGAUAUAAGUAGAUAAUCUUUUUAGCCAUGUGGCUAUUUUGGGGGUGGGUGGGUUUUGUUUCAUUUUGACAAGGUUAAAAUGCACUAACCUUUUUUGAUGGCUUUUUACUCAGUCAAUUUAAAAUCCAUCUCAGGCAGUGGAGAGAGGUAUAGUUUAAUUCCUAACUUCUUUUCUUGGGUCUGGGAGGUCAAAUUUUCUGAUGUAGUAAUGCAAAGUCUCCUGACUUGUCCAGUGCCCAAUGAGUAGAAGUUGCUUUGUGCAGUUUUCAUCACCCAAUUUUUUAUUUUUAUUUUAUAUUUGUUCAUGAGCUAAACAUGUUGCAAAAAGAGGUAGUGCAUUUUAAAAUUGACCUUUGUAUGCUUUUAAAAGCAAGUCUACUUGAUAAUGUACUUUUUACUUGAUCUCAAGUUGUAUAAACUAAUAAAUGUGUUUACUGUCACUGCAAUAGUAAUCUUAUGCACACAGUGAUUCCAUGUUAUGCAAAGUAGUUAGACGAGCUGUUUUCUUAGUUAAAGACGUUUCAGAGCUUUUACUUUUGUGCAGGUAAAAACAAAAGUGGGCUACAGUCUGUGCCAUGUUGAUGUACAGUUUCUGAAAUUGUUUUACAAGACUUUGAUAAUAAAACCCUUAAACUUAUGCUCA